CGGGGCUGAAGGCCAGGGCGGACGUCCCUCAGCCUAAGGAGCUUGAAGCUCCUAGGCUGGGGGCCUCCUAGAUGCAUGGAACUGUCCCUGGAGCUGUAGCCCUUCACCACCAUCUCUACCUCCUUCCUUCUGAGGGAUCCUGAAACCUCUGUCAUGGAAAAGUACCACGUGUUGGAGAUGAUUGGAGAAGGCUCUUUUGGGAGGGUGUACAAAGGUCGAAGAAAAUACAGUGCUCAGGUGGUGGCCCUGAAGUUCAUUCCAAAAUUGGGACGCUCAGAGAAGGAGCUGAGGAAUCUGCAACGAGAGAUUGAAAUCAUGCGGGGUCUGCGGCAUCCCAACAUUGUGCAUAUGCUUGACAGCUUUGAAACUGACAAAGAGGUGGUGGUGGUGACAGACUAUGCUGAGGGAGAGCUCUUUCAGAUCUUGGAAGAUGACGGAAAACUUCCCGAAGACCAGGUUCAAGCCAUUGCUGCCCAGUUGGUGUCCGCUCUGUACUAUCUGCAUUCCCACCGCAUCCUCCACCGAGACAUGAAACCUCAGAACAUCCUUCUUGCUAAGGGUGGUGGCAUCAAGCUCUGUGACUUUGGAUUUGCCCGGGCAAUGAGCACCAACACGAUGGUGCUGACAUCCAUCAAAGGCACACCACUCUAUAUGUCUCCAGAGCUGGUGGAAGAGCGUCCAUACGACCACACCGCAGACCUCUGGUCUGUGGGCUGCAUACUAUAUGAGCUGGCUGUAGGCACCCCUCCCUUCUACACUACGAGCAUCUUUCAGCUGGUCAGCCUCAUUCUCAAGGACCCUGUGCGCUGGCCGACCACCAUUAGUCCUUGCUUCAAG